AUCGAAUUGCUGUAGACACUUGAGAUGUCUAUCUUUGCAUUCAUGGUUUUUAUUGUCAUCAUAUCUAAGCUGCUACAUUCAUCCUCAGAAACACCAAAAUAUGAUGCAAUAUUGCCAAGAAGUAUAACAGCAUUGAGCGGUUCUUGUGUGGAGAUACCUUGUACAUUCAAAGUGUCUGAUUUUGAAGACAGACUGAAGACUGCAGACAUUACUUUUGGUUGCUGGAUAAAGACAGAUCAGGUCGACCUAACAAAACCAGACAACAUCGUUUUCAAUGGUAGUCAAAACAUCAUCAGAGGAUUUAGUCACAUAGAGAUGCUUGGAAAUGUUAGUCAGCGUGAAUGCACCACUGUUUUCUAUGACAUCAUGAAGAAUCAUUCAGACAUCUACUACUUUAGGUUGCAAAUGGAGCCAAAUAAUGUUUUUAGAGCAACAUUUGUCAACAGUCCAAUCAACAUAUCUGUCUCAGAUGUGCCAAUGCCACCUAAACUUACACUCAAUGAUCUACAGGAAGUGAUGGAGAACAGAAUAGUCAAUGUAAGCUGCUCUGCUGAAGCCCCCUGUCCCAAACAACCUCCUAAAUUAUCCUGGUCAAACAUCCCCAAAUCUGCCAUCAUUACAACACAGUUACAGGAGAAACCUGAUAAAACCCAGUCAGUGUUUUCACAAAUCACCUUUAAACCUUCAUACAUGGAUGACAGAAAGAACAUCUCCUGCACUGUUACAUAUCCAAGAAAUACAUCUAAUGACACAACUGUGGAGACCACCAUGAUGCUACGAGUUCUGUUCCCCCCAAAAGAAACUCAUGUCAUCAUUAAGCCAUCUGCUUCAGUCUCUGUUGGCACUAAUGUAACUUUGACCUGCAAAAGCAAAGCCAGUCCAUCAAAGGACAUAACCUACACAUGGUAUAAACAUGGACAGGACUCGCCUCUAGCUUGUGAAAAGAAGAUUUCCUUCAUUGCAACACACACUGGACAUUAUUUCUGUGUGGCACAGAACAAAUGUGGCAACCAUUCCUCAACUGCUGUCAAGCUGGAAAUUAAGGAUAUGUUUGGCAUAGGUUUACAAGAGAUGGCACAUUUUUGGAUUGCUGGUUGUGUGGGAGGAAUUCUGGUUUUACUUCUGGUUUCUCUGGUUAUUUUCAUCAUGAGGGGAAAGACCUCCAGAGUUGUUAACGUCAUUCAACAUAGAGCCUCUAAUCAGUUUUGGAGUGAAAAUCUAGACCUGGUUCCUGUACAUUCUGACACUGAUAUUGUGAUCAACCAGGACAGCAAAUUUUCUGACGAUGAAAUGGACAAAAUCCACUAUGUCGAGAUUGACUUCUCCAACAUUCAGACCAGCUACAACACAAGGAAAUAUUUAAACCGCAGCAUAGGCCCAAUGUAUGCUGAAAUCCAAUUCAGCAAAAAGUUGCAAGUGUGCCGCUGAAGUAAAGUUUUUUCCAACGCUAGAAUUGAAAAAAUAUAUUGCUUUGUUCCAUAACCUUGUCUUACUGUCUACUGCCUACAUAGGCAGAUGACUUCUUAGGUAGCAUCCUAACUCAAAUGUGUGUCAUAUAAUUAGCGCUCCUAAUGCAAAAUGCACGACAAUCGACUCAAUUGAGUUUGCCACUGGCAUGAUGCUAAGCCAAUAGUGAAGGAUACAUGAGAUGCUGCCUCAGCGUUUGGGUAAAAGAACAUAUCCUUGAAAGAGGCAUAAUCACACUACUUCUUUUAGUUCAGCCUUCAUGUCAGUAACACAUCAUUGAUAUCUUAAAAUGCCAAAGUCUCAUGAGAAUUUGUAAGAAUAGUAUGAGAUUGUGAAUUCGUAAGAAAUGGUACGACUUUGUUCGAACAAAAACGUACGACUUUUACACCAACCAAUCACCUAUGCUUCUCUCGUCUCCUUCAAAACCUUCAGAUUUCAUUUCUUCUGUCGUACACAAAACAUAUUUAGCAAUUACAAUCAUGGUCACAGGUUCAAAUUUGUGGUUAGGUUUAUGUAUGGGGUUUGGGGUUAACAUUAGUACAAAAUAUCACUAACAUGCAUUAGAAACACAAAUUAUUAUCUUGUCUUCUGCUGCUGGUGCUGCUAAAUGUUUUCAGAUCUUUUUUUUUUCCUUUUACAUUCUAUUGUUGCAGUCAAGGAACCGACAAAAACUGAAGUAAACAUUCUUGUUGUCAGGGACGGAUUAACCACCGGGCCGAUUGGGCCAUUGCCCAGGGGCCUCUAAACCCAAAGGGCUCCGAGCUCUAAAUAUUAUUCUAAUUAUUUCUUUAUUUUGAGAUAUCUAUUAUAUAUCCACGUCAAUGUCAGCCUUAUGUGAAAUCCCAUUUGUUCGGCCGAAUGCGUGCCGGGCUACAGCAGCGCAAGCACAGGCACUGGAGUGCGCACUCAGGGAAUCUGUGUCUCACAGGUGCAAUGAGUUUAUUUGAAGGACUACAGAGAACAGACUUUGAUUUACAAAACGCUUUCAAACACAAAAAUAAGGUGCAGUUUACCCUGGCUGUGUACAAAGCUGGUGGUUUAAAUUCAUAUAAGCGACAGAAUUCGUGCAACAAUAUGGAGGAAUUUAAAAUGUUUAAGUCCUGCAUGCAUUUCAUGUUUAAUAAUAAAGCGAAAGAUGCCUUAAUACCCUAACUGUAAUGUUUGCAGGAAUGAGGCAAGAGAAGGAGGAUCUAAUUGCAGGCUUACUAAAUAAAAACUCAGAGAAAUAAACAUAAGAAACUCAAAACACGAACAAAAUAUAUAUAUAUUUCAUUUUUUUAUUUUUUUUAUUUUUUUAUUCUAGAAUAAGGAACUGAAAGACACCAAAGUCUUCAAAUAGCUGCUAUUAACCAAGCUAUACCUCAAGCAAGGACGGAUUAAGAACUGAGAGGCCCAUGGGCCAAUACACAAUGAAGGCCUCCCCUUAUUUUUCAAGAAGGGUAUAGGGCGAGUUACAGGCUGUUCACACGUGCGUCGAAGCCAUGUAAACAAGCAUAUAUAUAUAUAUACAUACCACAAAAACAUUUGUAAUUCUGUAAUUUGUUUUAAGGAUCAAGAUGACACAGCAGAUUUGUGAAGAGUAAUAUACAUACUGAAGCAUCCCAGUUGCUGCUGUGCUAAACAUUAGGCUAUCAAGUAACAAUCUAACUUUUCAGUAGUGAAGUUUUCAGUGAGGCACUGCAAUUUGUAAUCCUGUUAUUAAAGGUCAAAUAAUAUUCAGUGUAAUCUGCUUGAUCUGAACGAUAAUCGUGUUGUUAUUGCUGUAAUCCAGUGAUAUUGGAGGGUUUUCUGGUAUUAAUUACUCAAUUAAGGUCCUGCAACAGCUUCUCAAAGAGGUUUAAGUCAGAACUGUGACUAGGCCUUUCCGAAACAUUCAUUUUGUUACUUCUUUUGAGGCUUUCUAAAGGGGACUUAAAGGAAUAUUCCGGGUUCAAUACAAGUUAAGCUCAAUCGACAGCAUUUGUGGCAUAAAGUUGAUUACCACAAAAAAAUAUUUACACUCAUCCCUCUUUUUCUUUAAAAAAGCAAAACUCAAGGUUACAGUGAAGCACUUACAAUGAAAGUGAAUUGGGCCAAUUUUUGGAGGGUAUUAAGGCAGAAAUGUGAAGCUUAUACUUUUAUAAAAGCACUUACAUUAAUUAUUUUGUUAAAACUUGUGUAUUAUUGUAUUAAAACCAGAAUAUUCCUUUAAUCUUAUGUUUGGGGCAUUUUCCUGUUUCAUAAACCAAUGCUUCCACUUUUGAUUACAGAUGAAAAGACACAUUCCUUCAGAAUUUUCACAACUCAUGGUUGUUCUAAAUGAUAUCAAGUCUUCCAGGCCAAGAGACAGUAAAGCAUGACCUCUCUGCUAAUCACAGUACCACCACUAUGUUUGACUAUGAUGUUCUUAUUGUUAAAUAUUCUGUUUGCGUUAUGCCAGACAUAACAGGACCUGUAUCUUCCAAAAAAGUAUCACUUUUUACUCAUCUUUACACAGAACAUUAUUCCAUAAUGCAUGUGGGUAAUCAGUGUGCUUUUUUGUUUCACUUAUUAAGCAGUGGUUUGCACAUUGCAAUUUAAAUGGUCAUUUAUUGGUGUUCUAUUACAUUUUUUAAGUUAAGAUCUAUUGUGAAAAUAUACAGAAAUACAGUAAGGGCAAAUACUCCACGACACUGUAGGUAAUGUGGGCUAUUUUUACACAUUGGCUGUCAAGAAGAAACCAACAUGACAAUUUAUUUGUGACAAUGAAGAGGUGUCGGUGUCUCUGGCCAGUGUGUAUCUAUUUGGAGAUUUGGUUUUAGUUCUUUUUCUGGCGUACAUCUUCCCACCUUGAGGUCAAUACAAUUAGCCACAAUUUCCUAGUUUUAAAGCCAUAACAUGCUGUCUUUACAGUGUUGCGCAUUUGUGGGUUUUAAGUGCUGCAGCCGUACUGAACAUCAGCCAACAGGACACAGUGGCUCUUUGCAGAAAAUAACUUUAGAUGUUCCUUAAAUGCUUUCUUCAUUACUCCCAGAAAAUAGACUUCUGCUAAUUAUUUUACUGUAAGAUGAAAACUUCAGAUGUCAUUGUAAUAUAUAAUAAUAUAUAUUAAUUUUUAUCAUAGAAAGUAUACACAUGAAAACACAUACCGAUAUGGACAGAAAUCAUUUAUGGUGAUUAAUGACAAUCCACAAUAUGAGAGAGAGAGAGAGAGAGAGAGAGAGAGAAUGAAGAAACCACUUUUGUAAUAUGUCUUUCUCAUCCACUUUAGGGCGUUGUCAGUAUUAUAUAAAGUCAUGCUCAUCAAAUCAUGUUUAAAAUGUGUUGCAAAGGAAAGGACAGUAACAUUUUACAAUAAAGGGCACAUGAAUAAUCAUUAA